GUGCUCCCCGAUGCAGCAAAACUAGGGGAGAGGAUCCACUGACUUUGUGGAGGGAACUGCACCCUGACUUCCUCUCUAUAUCUCUCUAACAACCCACUCUCUCACCUCUCUUUUCCCUCCAUUUUUUCUCUGUUUUUCAAUUCUCUCUCCACAAAAAAUGCCUAAAGUUAGACAAAGUUAGGGAGGAGAAAGUUAGAGAAUCUGAAUCCCAAAACUAGGGGGUGUGAAUUGGUGGAUCAUUUAAUAAAAUAAAAUAAAAACCGUACCCAUAUUUGUAAACCGGUUCAGUUUAUUGGGUUUUCCCGUUCACACUCUUUCAGUCUUUCUCUUUCUCCCUUCUAACAUUCUCCCAGCCGCACAAUAAAAUUGAAAAAAAUCCAGAACCCUAAUCCCAAAUUCAACCAGAAAUCCGUGAAAUCUUUCUGCAAAUUCAAUGAAAUCGUCCAAAUCACAAUUAUGAGUUUGUUAAAAUAACUCUAAAAUCGAAGAAAUCAUUCUUUAAAUCAACAAAAUCGUCCUUCAACAACACCUUCAAAGAUCUCUUCAGUGUUUAAGGCUUAUGCAUGGUGCAUAAGUAAAAUAAUACGCUAUCUUCUUCAUUCUUCUCCCUCAACCCUAGCUUCGCCGUUGCCGUCGCCAUCUCUCCUCCCAUCUCCGGCCAUUGGACCUCCAUUAAAGAAACAAAUUCCGUUUUCAUGAUCUCGUCACUUGGUCUUUCAUCUGAAUCAUAGGAACACCAGCCUCUAGAACCAGAUAAAUUUUCCCCUGAACCAUUGUUCUCGGCAUCAUUGUGUUCCUACUAAAUCAGCUUAACAUGACUUCUCAAGACAUUCUUGUAUUCAUGGAACUUGCAAUACAGCAGGCAAAGUUAGCUAUGGAUGCCCUUGAAGUACCUGUUGGCUGUGUAAUUGUGGAGGAUGACAAGGUUAUAGCCUCGGGAAGGAAUCGAACUACCGAGACACGAAAUGCUACAAGACAUGCAGAAAUGGAAGCUAUAGACCUGCUUCUAGAACAGUGGCAGAAAAACGGACUUUCGAUGACUGAAGUUGCUAAAAAAUUCUCAAACUGCAGUCUUUAUGUUACUUGUGAACCAUGCAUAAUGUGCGCAUCUGCUUUGUCAAAUUUAGGUAUAAAGGAAGUGUUUUAUGGCUGUUCAAAUGAUAAAUUUGGAGGUUGUGGAUCAAUACUAUCAUUGGAUUUAAGUGAUACCGUGUCACCUAAUAAGGGUUUCAAAUGUGCUGGAGGUAUAAUGGCAACAGAAGCUGUCCUUCUCUUUCGAACAUUCUACGAGCAAGGAAAUCCUAAAGCUCCAAAACCCCACAGGCCUCUAGCACUUCAGGCAACAACUUGAAUUUGUUGGCAUUUUGUUUAUUUGCUGGAGUUGGUUUGAGCAGCCUCCUUCCUAUUUAUGAAUGGUUAGGUAUAAAUCCCAGAAAGCCUUGUGUAAAUUAUUGUUUGCCACACCUAAUAAUGUGAUUUGUACUUCUUUUCCGGCGUCUUCUGUUCAGUAACUGUUGCCAACAGAUGCGCGGGCACAAGCCAUUGUUGGGUUGGGAAUCAACCACGUGUUUUGUAUCAAAACACGUGAUUGAUUGAAUUAAAUACUUUAAUUUUAAAAGAAUAUUUAUCGGUUAAGAUUCAAAUUAAUUUUAAGGACUUGAUGUGUUAGUAUA